ACUCAACAGGCAUUCAGAGCAGCGUUAUCAUGCUGAGCCCCAAUAAUUACUUGUACACACAACGGAAAGCUUGAGUGACAGUUCUGUGGAACUACCCGCGAAUUCAGACUCUCAAUGAAAUUGCCUUUAUGUAGAGCAUUCUGGCGUCAUAUGAUGGUAUAUAUAAGUCGCCCGCUUGGCGACGCUGCCAGGGCUGCGUGACACAUGCCUCGCGAAGACAUUUGAGUAGCCCGGGCUCCCUAGCCGUCGCCUAUAAACAGCAAAAAUGAGCGCCGAGAACGAAGUUGUCUUGGCCCGGCUCGCAGCGCUUGGAACUACCGUUCGGGGACUAAAGCCGGGAGGCAAGGGCUCGGACACAGUUGUGGCAGUGGUGCAGGAGUGCCUGGGCUUUCUUGCAGCGUGUUCGGCUCAGGAUGUGGUGAACGUGGCAAUCAAGGUGCUCGAGGAUGCCAUUGUGCUCAGCCCCCAAGCCGGCACCAUUCUGCGGCUCGAGGGGGGCUUGAAACUUGUGUUGAAGCACCUAAAAGCAGCGGUGACACUACCGGCCGUGACGGGGCCGUGUUCGCGCAUCCUGGCCAUCGCCACCGCCACCAGCACCGUCACGCAGCAGGCACUCUCCAAAGAGAAGGGCAUCGGCGCGCUGCUCCUGAACGCCUGCUCGCUGCACGUGCGCGACCCCGUCAUUGCGGCGCCGCUUUGUGAGACCAUGGCACACAUCACCAGGUCACCCAAGGGCGCCGUGCAGCUGGAGUGCGAGGGGCUGCUGCCGCUGCUGCAGGAGGUGCUGGUGUUGUACAUGGGCGCGUGGCACGUAUUCGGCUGGGCGCUCAAGCUGGUCAAGAACCUGGCCAAGUACGAAUACGUACAGUACGGCGGCGCGGCGGCGGCCGGGGGCGGCGGCGCAGCGGGCGGCUGGGGGCCCGGUGGGGCGGCGGGGCCGUCGAUGUCGGCGCCGGCAGCGAACCUACAGGCGGCGCGCGGCGGCGGCGGCGUGCUGAGUGCGGGCGGCGAGGGCGCGCGGCUGCUGCUGGGUGUGGCGCGUGUGCUGGCGCGCGUGCCGGAGCAGCGGAAGCUCCUCAAGAGGGCCAGCCGUGCGCUGUGGCUGCUUUGUCCGCACCUGCUGAUACCCUUGCCGCCGCUGGAGCCGCUGGCGCCACUGCCGCCGAAGGACUCUCCGCACGUGUCCAUCCCAUCAGCGGGCGAGGCGGAUGCGCAACGCCACCAGGAGUUGUUCCCCGAGGAGUACAACUGGCAGCAGCCACAGCAACCGCCGCUGCUGGCGGGUCAGGGCCUCAUGGCGCAGCAGCAGCAGGGCGGCGGCGGCGGCGGCGGUGGCGGUCCGGGAGGCCCGCAGUCGGGGCUGGUGCCGCAGCCGUUGCUGGCGGGCGGCGGCAGCGGUGCGGUGGUGGCGCAAUGUCUGAUCCGGCCUGUGUCGGCGCCGCCAGGGCGGCCGCCCUCCGCGCGGCAGCUGUGCCGCACCCUGGCGGCCACCUCCUGUAGCGCGGCCGGCGGCGGGGGCGGGCCGCAGGCGGUUGACAUGCACGGCAACCCAGUGGUCGUGAACCCGGCUCUGGACCCCGGGCCGGGCUUUGGGCCGGAGCCCUUCCACACCUACGGCACGGCCCUGGAUGGCGACAUGAUGCUGCAUGACCUGACACGCAUCGCCAGCCCCCGUGGCCUCGUGAACCGCAUUGUGUACCUCAACACGGCCUCAUCGCUGCGAGGACCGGGCGGCGGCACAGGUGACGGCAGCGGCCUGGACGGCUCUCCCGCAACUACCGCCACCGGAAUGCGGGGGCAGCGCGGCACGGCCCCCGGCGCUGCCUCGGCGUCUGGAGGCAUGCUGCCGGACUUGUCCCGACUCGCAAUCGCCGGGGACGCAGGGCACGACGGCUACAUGAGUGCAGCCUCGCGCUCGGCGUCCUCCUCGUCACAAAUGGAGUCGCUGCACCUGCCUGACAUCUCCGAUCGCUCACACCACGGGCCGCAGCCCCAGCCCGGCAGCGCGAACAGCAGCGUGCACGGCGGGAGAGCAAACGCUGGCGGCGGCGGCGGCGGCGGCGGAGGCCGCGGUGGAGGGGCAGGCGUGCUCAGCUUCCACUCCUGCUUUGAAAGCGGCAACCUGCGGUGCGCGGCACAGAUUGGCCCCCGUGAGUACGACCUAUUCCUGGCUGCUGACCUGAACGACCGCUCAGAGGGCGGCAACUUGUGCCAGUGGUUCUACUUCGCCGUCACAGUGCCGCCGGACGCCUGCAGCAGCAGCGGCGGCGGCGGGGGCGCGGGCGGGGGCGGGGGCGCGGGCCGGGCUUCUUUCAGCGAAGGCUCGGGCCCUGCCCCGUCGCAGGAGGGCGGCGGUGGCGGCGGCGGCGGUGCUGGGCAGGGCCUGGGCCUGGGGCAGGGCCCCGGCAUCAAGCUCAACCUCGUGAACCUGCGGAAGAAGGAGUCGUUGUUCAGUCUGGGCAAGCGGCCCGUCAUGUGCUUCGUGCGGCCGUCUUCGGCGGCGGCCGGUGGUGGUGGCGGAGGCGGCGGGGGCGGCAUGGCUGCAUCGCCGCUAAACGCAGGCAGCCGCACUGCGUCGUCAUCGUCGACCUCAUCGUUGAUGGGGGCAGCGGCGGCGGCGGCGGGCGCGCCGCAGCUGCAGCCCCCGGCGGACCCAGGGGUGUGGAUACGCGUGGGCACGCACAUCAGCUACUACCCCUCGCCGUAUCGCGGGCGGCCGACGGUCGCGGGCGAGGGCGCCGCGGCGCGCAAGGGCAAGAAGCCAUCGGCAGCGGUGGCCGCGGCUGGCGGCGCCGCAGGCGGCGGCGGCAAGAAGGGCGCGAAGGGCAAGGGCACCAAGGCGGCGGCGGACGGCGACGGCGACGGUGCCAGCCCCACGCUUCAGGGCAUCGGCCCGGGUCUGUACUGCGCCACAUUCACGGUGCACUUCCCCUCGCCCGGCACCUACUACAUCGCCUCCUGCUACCCCUACACCUACACCGACAUGCAGGAGCACUUGGACGGGCUGCAGCGGCGGCUGGCGGCGGAGGCGGCGGCUGCGGCCGCCGGCCCGCCCAUGUCGCGGCCUGGCUACCUGGCGCCGCCGCCCCUGGUCCGCAGCACUCUGUGCUACAGCCUGAGCGGCCUGCGCACGGAGCUGCUGACCAUCACGGAUUGGGCGGCGCCCAUGGAGGCGGUGAGGCAGCGCGAGUGCAUCUUCAUCACCGCGCGGGUGCACCCCGGCGAGACCUGCGCCUCCUGGAUCAUGCAGGGCAUCCUGGAGUUCCUGUGCUCGCCCGACCCCGCCGCCGCCACGCUGCGCAGCUCCUUCGUGUUCAAGCUAGUGCCCAUGCUCAACCCCGACGGCGUCGCAAACGGCAGCUACCGCUGCAGUCUGGCCGGCGUGGACCUCAACAGGGUGUGGGACCGCCCGCUGCGCGGUCUGUACCCCACCGUGUACCACUCCAAGCGCCUGAUGCAGCAGCUGGCGGCAGUCGGGCGCCUGGCUCUGUACAUUGACAUCCACGGCAUUUCCACCAAGUCAGACACGUUCUUUUACGGGUGUGAACCCAGCGCCGCGGCGGUGCAGGCGCACGGCGGCAGCAGCCGCGACCUGCGGGGCGGGCCGCCGCAGGCACCUGGGGAACCGCCGUCUCCGUUGGGGGCCGCUGGGCCGCCCGGCAUCCAGCAGGCGCCCACGCCAGGUGGGCCAGGCGGGCCGCAGGCAGCAGGGCCCGGCGCCGGGGGCCUGGCGUUGCAGGGUAUGGCCGUGGCAAACGGGACCAGCUGCGCCGCCGGCAGCCCUGGAAACGGCCCGGCAGCUGGUGGCGGUGCGCUGAUGGCAUCGGGAGCGGCAGCGGGCGGCGCGGCGGGCGCAGCAGCAGCGGGCGGGCCAGGGGCAGCAGCUGGCAUCGCAGCGCCGCCGGCAGGGCCCAACGCACGGGUGGCCGCGCGGCUGCGCGUGCGCAUGUUGCCGUACCUGACCGCCCGCAUUUCCACUGACUUCAGCUUCUCGAAGUGCAACUUCAGAAUCCGCAAGGUCAAGCUGUCCGCGGCGCGUGUGGUGGUGCACCGCGAGCUGGGCGUGGCGGGCAGCUACACGCUGGAAGCCAGCCUGGCCGGCAGCAGCGCGGCGGCGGCGCACUUUGGCGCGCGCGACUACCUGUGUAUGGGCGCCAACCUGUGCAGGGCCAUCUGCGAGCUGGCGGAGGUGGACGACGCAGCGUUGUUAGAGGAGAUGCACGCGCGCGUCACACUGCCGGCGUUGUGAUUAAGGUUGUUGGGCGACACAGUGCGUGGGCAAGGGGCCGCAGGGGUCGCUAGGGAUGGAGAUAGGACGUGGAAGUGGGACGGGGCGUGGGGGCAGGACCAAGCUGGACGCCUGGACAAGGUCUAGAGCUGCUAGGAGCCGCUACUGACGCACUGUUCAAGUAAUGAGCUGGACUGAGCUGCUUGAUACAGGCUGUCCUGAGUUGCCGACCGGCGUGUGGCGUGUCUGAUUACAGCUCACCAUUGCCAGCCGACUGUAACUAUCUGGCCGACCGCGGGCAUUCGAGGCCCUCUCGCCAUCGCCACGUUCCCACACGACGCAACCAUGUGAUGUUUGGUCAACACAUACCGUAUGCGAUUACCGGAACAGUGUACGAGGACCAGCUCUGAACCAAACGCCGCAUCAUGCGGGAUGCCAAGUAUGCCAUUCGUAACAGAAUUACACGUAGGAAGGUCCACACCUAGAAUGGGUCACCUGCCGGGCGCCGUCGACAGCGCGCGUCACCAUGCAUAUGGCGCGAAGCUCAGCCCGACACCCAGCCCCAGCAAACGCCCCUGCGUAAGCACAUCAUCAUCUGGUAAACA